AUGCCCAAUGAACCACAUCGAGAGCCGUUGGAAGAAUCCAAACCGAGAGGGGAGGAGCAAGCAGACACAGACUUGCUGGCCAAGCUGUUGGGACUACAAGGAACACAUUCGCCCAAUACGAUUACGCAGGCGUUUUCGUUGCGACUUUUGCAGGAGAAGACGAAACAGGAAUCCUUGAGGCAGAGGAACUUGGAACUGACAUUGAAUAUAAUCGAAUCGGCUUCCAGAGUAGGUAUACCUGGGAAUAUGAUUUCCAGAUUACUAGUACCUAACGAGUCUUCUGACUCAUUUGGUUUAUCCGCGCCAUUGCAUGAGGAUGUUGGUGCGAGUAAAGAGUCUGCAGUACCUGGAGGAACAACUUCUGUAUUUCGGGUGAACCCGGCAUCAAAUGAGUCAAAAUUUCAUUUCCACAACUAUAGUGUUCCAGACUUAGAACGAACUGAGUCACAGAAGCGAAAAACAUUACCUCCAGACAGUAAAGUCGAAUUGGAAAGGAAGCGACAAUCUGGAAGCGCAAACACCGUUUAUGAUUUGUUAGAGUCACCAUCAAGUUCGAGAUCGCAAAUAUCCAAUCCAUUCGAUGCAGCUAGACCCCGAAGGUCUACUAGAAGAAAGGAAACAGACGAAUCCCUGAGCGUUAGAGACAGAAGGACCCCUAGUAAGACGAGUAGGGAGCUGAGUUCUGUUCAAGAAGAAUCAUUGCUAUCUCGUCCAACGAGUCCAAGUACCGCAUCCCAAUCCGGCAGAACGCCCACUCGGCCACUCAUAGCAUCACCCAGUCAAAAGCACGCUGUGGGAUUUAUGAUGAACACUCCUAAACCCGCCAAGAAGUAG